CUUUCUCACGACCCACAAAACCUUCUUCUCGGACACUCAUUCAUUCGUCUCACUGGCGAACGCAAUGGCUGCGCCUAGAUCAAUCACACGCAUUCUUAAAUCACUCCCGAACGCCUGCAGCCAGCAUCGCCGCCGCAGAGUCUCAUCGCUUCCUGCGGAGGUGCUUGCCAAACGGUAUAGCAGUAAUCAGCAGUCGUCGCCGCGGCCGCAUCUCCAUCCACUGAGCAAACAACCUCCUCUUCCUCAGCUGUCGCUAGCGGUGGAAGCAGUGGCAGAUGCGAGGCCGGAAUUGAGCGAGCAUCAUAAAAUCACGUUCGACGAGAAGAAGACGCUGGUGCCUUGGGAGGAAGGAAAGACUUCGCAUUUUCAACAUGUUUGGAUGAGAGACCAUUGUCAGUGCAGUGAAUGCUUUCAUCCAGAGACUAAGCAGAGGGUGUUGAAUACUUUUUCUAUUCCAAAGAAUAUUCAGCCGGAUGUGGUGGAGGCGGAGGACAAGGGAAUGAGGAUUAAAUGGAAGAACGACGGUCAUGAGAGCUUUUAUAACUGGGAGUGGCUGCAUUUACACUCUUAUAAUCCGAGAUUGGAACGAUACAUUUCUCCCCAGUUCAAAUUUUGGGGAUCAGAGAUUGCCGAAGGGCUGCCGGAGGUUGAGUAUGAGGCUGUGAUGGAGUCUGAUGCUGGGGUCGGUGAAUGGACAAGAAAGAUUCGUAAAUAUGGGUUCUGUUAUGUGAACGGCGUUCCUGUAACGCCCGAAGCCACAAAGGAGCUUGUUGAACGAAUAGCUCAUAUAAAACAUACCCACUAUGGUGGGCUCUGGGACUUUACCUCCGACCUCUCCAAGAAAGACACGGCCUACACCACCCUAGCGCUGGGUGUUCACACAGACACGACCUACUUCUCAAACCCCGCCAGCCUCCAGCUCUUCCACCUCCUCUCCCACACCGACGGCUCCGGCGGACAAUCAAUAUUAGUCGACGGUUUCCGAGCCGCCAAAAUACUCCGCGAGGAGGACCCAACAGCAUACCGCGUUCUCUCAAACGUUCGUAUUCCUUCACAUAGCUCGGGGAAUCGCGGCUCGAGCAUACAACCCUAUGCGCCGUUUCCAGUAUUCAACCACCAUCCCGUUAACGGGGAGUUGAUUUUGAUUCGGUGGAAUAACGAUGAUAGAGCUACCAUGGAUAGAUGGGAUGAUCCGGCGGAUGUGGACAGGUUUUACGAGGCUGCUAGAGCUUGGAAUGAUGUGCUUAAGCGUCGGGAGAGCGAGUACUGGGAGCAGCUUGUCCCCGGGAGACCGCUUAUCCUCGAUAAUUGGAGGGUGCUGCAUGGUAGGGCUGCGUUCGACGGGAAAAGGAGGCUGUGUGGGGCGUACAUCUCCCGAGACGACUUCAUGAGCAGGUUCGUGAUGUCUAAUUCCAAGAGGGAGGAUGUGCUGAAGGCUCUUUGA